AUGUCAGUUGAAUCCUACUACACCUCCCUCGAAACCCGCCUCGGCAACGCCCUCCUCUUCGGCGGCCGCUCACACCUCCCAUACUACCCCUCCCUCUCUCCAAACGCAGGAUUAUGGGAAUAUAUCAAGUCGCUGAGCCCCUUCCCAAUUUAUCCGGCCCUACUUGCGAUGGAGAAUCAUCUUCUCGCCUCUUUGAAGAUACAAGGACAAGGGAGGGAAGUGCUAGAUGCAGGCUGCGGAACGGGGGAUAUGGCAAUCUACUUCUCCAAACGGGGAUUGAAAGUCCACGCUAUCGAUUUACUACCUGACAAGAUUACUAUCUCGAGGAAAAAUGCGGAGACGGAGUUAGGGCGCGUUUACAAAACCGGCAACCACAGCGUAGUGAAAUCUCUAGAAAGCCUGUCCAUCCAAGAAGGCGACUACCACGAUCUCAGUUCCAUAUUCCCGGAAAACAAAUUCGACGCGGUGUAUACGAUCGAAACUCUCGCGCACGCCACUGACCUACCAGCAGUCCUUGGAGAGUUUUACCGCGUGCUGAAACCGGGUGGUCGCAUCGCACUGUAUGAAUACGAUCAUUGGAUGCCCUCCGCCUCUGCAGAGGAUGAAAUGAGCAAAGUGCAUCAGUAUGGAGGGAUUGAUCCUACUGCCACCCGUACCUCCGCCACAAAUACAGGGGGUAGGGAGAAAGAUGGACGGGGGUUAGCAGCGAUUGUCCGCGAUACGGGCUUUACAGAUGUGCAUGAGGAAGAUCUAUCCGCGAACGUGCGUCCGUUACUCCGGUUUCUCGUGGUUUGUCUGUUUGUGCCGUAUAUGAUUGUGCGGAUGUUAGGGCUUGAGGCUAGGUUUAUUAAUACCGUUGCUGUGGUGAUGAAUUAUAGACGGGGGUGGAAGUACGUUGUGGUUACGGGGCGGAAGGCUUAG